AGCCCUCGCGCACGGCGGCCCUGUCUGCGCCGUGCGCAUGCGCGCUGGGCCGGCCCGCAGCGGGAGGACGGAGACACGGAGGGACACCGGCUCUGGUGUCAAACGUCCCGCGGUCACGGCAACGUGUACGGUCAGCAUGCCGCGCGGCAUCACGGGAACGUAAAGCGGCAGCGUCGAGGCCGAGCGGCGGAGGAUGCACCAGUGACGGGCUGAUCGGUACCGGGAGUCUGGACCGAUCCGUUCGGAUGUGAAGCCGCGGGGAUGAUGGACGGGUAGGCGGGGAGGAGGCGCGAGGAGCGACGGACGGAUCAUAACGGAGAGCGCGCGCGGAGGCGGAGGAGGAUGAAUCCCGCGGACGGAGGAGGAGACGCGGGCCCGGACGGCCUGGCGGCGGAAGGUCCUGCAAAAUCGGAGGCCGUUCGGGCAGUUGAUGUUCUGACGGUGCUGAGGGAAAAAGUGGCCUUCGUAUCAGGUGGGCGGGACAAAAGAGGUGGCCCAAUCCUAACCUUCCCUGCCAGAACCAAUCACGAUCGAAUAAAACAGGAAGACCUCAGCCGAUUGGUCACUUACCUGUCUACAAUACCCAGUGAGGACGUACGUGCACGUGGCUUCACUGUGGUCGUGGACAUGCGUGGCAGUAAGUGGGACAGCGUGAAGCCGGUGCUGCGGACGCUGCAGGAGUCGUUCUCGUCCAACAUCCACACAGCGCUGCUCAUCAAACCCGACACCUUCUGGCAGAAACACAAGACCAACCUGGGCAGCGCCAAGCUCAGCUUUGAGACGAGUCUGGUGUCAGUUGAAGGUCUGUCCCGGUUGGUCGACCCCUCCCAGCUGACCUCUGACCUCGGCGGCUCACUGGAGUACGACCACGUGGAGUGGACGGAGCUGCGUCUGGGACUGGAGGAGUUCUCAGGAGCCGCCGCGGCGCUGCUGGCCCAGUUGGAGCAGCUGGAGUCCAGCCUGGCCCGAAUACCAGAGCCGCAGGAUGUGGACGAGGCCCGAAAACUUCUCGAAGAACACGGUCGUCUCCGUAACACCAUCGCCACGGCGCCGGUCGACGCCCUCGAUCGCGAGGGCCGAAGCUUACUCCAGCGUAUGCGCCUCGGCCCCUCCCACGGCGACGCCUCUAACGAGGGUGGCGGGGGUCACGGCAGCUGGCUGUCGGGUGGCGCGGACUUCCAGAGUGUGGCGCCGAAGGUUUCGUCCAUCCUGGACCGACUGCAAGCGUCUUGCAGUCACCUCCUGCAGAGCUGGACUGACAAGAAGCUUCACCUGGACCAGGCUCUGCAGCUGCACCUGUUUGAACAGGAUGCUGCCAAGAUGUCGGAGUGGAUUGGCCACAGUAAAGAGUUGUUCCUGCAGAGUCUGGCAGAAGUUGGCCAGAACCACCAGCAUGCCCUCGACCUCCAGACACAACACCAGCACUUCACCGCCAACUGCAUGAAUGGCAGUGUGAACGUGGACAGUGUGGUCACCGUGGCAGCGAGACUUGCUGAGGCUGGUCACUACGGUGCGGAGCGGAUAGCUACGGUGUCGUCUCAGCUACAGGAAGACUGGAAGUCCCUGACAUCAGCGCUGGAAGAACGUAGCAACACGCUAGCUAUGGCAACCGGCUUCCACCAGGGGGCAGAGCAGUUCCUGCUCAGAGUGGAAGGUUGGGUUCAGGUGUGCUCAGAAGGGACGUUACCGUCGGCAACAGCAGAGCUGGAAGCGUCUAUUAAGAAACACCAGGAGCUCAACAAGGAGAUCUCUGCUAAUUAUACACAGGUCAGUGAAAGUGGUAAAGCCUUGUUGGAUGUCCUCCAGUGUUGUUCCCAUUCAGACUCUGAAGACUCUCCAAACAAACCAGAUUUUAAUUCUGCCACACAUGGCAUCAUGGGAGUUCUGCACCAGGUCAUGCAGGGUCACCAUGAAGUGGAGGGGGCGUGGCAGCACCGCAAGCUCCGCCUCCAUCAGCGCCUGCAGCUGUGUGUCUUCCAACAGGACGUUCGACAGGUGCUGGACUGGGUGGAGCAGCAUGGCGAGGUUUUCCUCAACAAACAUGGCGGUGUGGGGAAGUCACUGCAUCGAGCGCGAGCGCUGCAGAAACGCCACGAUGACUUUCAGCAGGUUGCCCAGAACACUUACACCAACGCUGAGAAGCUUCUGGAAGCAGCGGAUCAGCUGGCUCAGUCUGGAGAGUGUGAAGAAGAAGAGAUUUAUCAGGCAGCUAGAGACCUGGAACUGCGGAUGCAGGCGUUCAUCCAGCGGGUGGAACAGAGGAAACUGCUGCUGGACCUCGCCGUGUCCUUCUACACGCAUACCAAAGAGCUGUCGGUGUGGAUGGACGGCCUCCAGAAGCAGAUGUCCUCUGAGGCCUGUGUGUGUCCCGACACCGUGGACGCUCUGCAGACGCUCAUCAGCCAGCAGCAGCAACAGCAGGCCAACACACAGGAAGCUGCAGUGAGUGUCAUCCGGGAAGGAGAAGACCUCAUCCUGCAGCUGAGGCCUCAGGGCAGCUCGGUGGCCCACGUGGAGUCCGUGCUACAGCAGCUGGAGGAAUCUCACGUUCAGCUGGAGGAACUUUUCCACCAGAAGAAGAUCCGACUAGAUGUUUACCUGCAGGUCCGAAUCCUGCAGCAGUGCACACUGGAGGUAACUGGAGAGAUGGACACGUGGAAGCAAGACCUCCAGAAACAGUCCCAGGACUUUUCGGCUGAGAAGCUGGCAUCAACACGGCUACCCGAUGCAAACCAUGACAAGCUAACUCAAGACAAACUGGCACUGGUCCAGUCAAGGUUGGUGGAAUCCAGCCCUGAGGCGCUAACGCUAGCACAGCAGCGUAUCCACAGACACAUGGAGCGGAGGCUGGCCAUGAACAAUAUGAUCUAUGAGAUCAUCCAGCAAGGUCAUGAUCUUCAGCAGUACAUCACUGAGGUCCAGGCCUCAGGUAUCGAGCUGUCAGAGGCAGAGGGUGGUCUGUCUGCACAGGUGGAGGAACAGCAGCACAUCCUGCAGGACAAACAGAAAGAGCUGCAGCAGAUUGCAGAUCAUACGCACACACACCUGGAACAGAACCUGCAGCUCAGACACCUGCAGAGCCAAGUCAAACAGGUGCUGGGUUGGAUCUCAGAGGGGGAGGUCAUGCUGUCAUCCUGCAUGUUGAACUCCAGCUGUUUGUCUGAAGCAGAGCAGCUGCAGAGGGAGCAUGAGCGCCUCCAGCAGGCCAUAGAGGCUCUACUUCAUGCAGACUCGCUGCAGCGGACUCACCAGGUGGCUCUGGCCCUGCAGCAAAGAGCGGAGCUGCUGGUCAGGUCAGGUCACUAUGAUCCGGACGCAGUGAGGGCAUGUGCCCAGACGGUGGCGCUGCACUGGCAGACGCUGAUGCUGAGGAUUGAGGACAGACUCAAACUGGUCAAUGCUUCUGCUGCUUUCUACCGCACGUCUCAGCAGGUGUGCGGUGUCCUCGAGAGCCUGGAGCAGGAGUAUCGCAGGGAGGAGGACUGGUGUGGAGGAGGAGACAGGCAGCCGGAGCACCUCCUGCCUCUCAUUAACAAGCACAUGGAGCAGAAGGAAGCAUUUCUGAAGGCUUGCACCCUGGCCAGGCGGAAUGCUGAGGUUUUCCUAAAAUACAUCCACCGCAACAGCGUCACCAUGGCAAACAUUUCAGGCCACAGUGUCACUGUGUCUGGGGUCAUGGGGGUCACAGAGGUCACCGGGCACUCCCGGGUACCCGAGCAACAGGUUAAAGGUAUUCUCAGUGAGUUGCUCCAAAGGGAAAACAGAGUUCUUCAUUUCUGGACUUUGAAGAAGCGUCGACUGGACCAGUGCCAGCAGUACCUGAUGUUCCAAAGCCACGCUCAGCAGGCUCUGGAUUGGCUGCAGCAGUCAGGUGACCACUACCUGGCCACGCACACAUCACCGGGAGCGACGGUGGCAGAGACACAGGAACUUCUGAACCAACACAGAGAUUUCUGUGUUUCUGCCAAGCGCACACAGGAGAAGGUCCACCUGCUGAUCCAGCUAGCUGAAAGCAUGCUGGCGAAAGGCCACGCCCAUCGGACAGAGCUUCGGCGCUGUGUUUCGACAGUGGAUAAACACUAUCGGGACUUCACUCUCAGAAUGGGACAGUACCGCCACCUGUUGCAGACGGCGUUAGGAGGGUGCACACAGGACAACAAGGACUUGGAGCUGGAGCUCAUCCCAAACAGUCUAUCUGACUCUGAUCCUGAAGUCAACCUGUCCGACCCCAGCCACCAGGUCAGCGAUGAAAAAAGACGCUCUGCACGCAAGAAGGAGUACAUCAUGGCCGAGCUCCUUCAGACAGAAAGAGUCUACGUUAGAGAUCUUCAGGAGUGCAUCGAGACGUACCUGUGGGAGAUGACGAGUGGUUCAGAGGAUGUCCCCCUGGUUGACCAAUAGGAUGAAGUUGUGUGGAACAUUCAGGACAUCUAUGAGUUCCACAACAGUAUUUUUCUGAAGGAACUGGAAAACUACGAACAGCUUCCUGAAGAUGUCGGACACUGCUUUGUUACCUGGGCUGAUAAAUUCCACAUGUACGUGACGUACUGCAGGAACAAACCUGACUCCAGUCUGCUGAUCCAGCAGCAUGGCGUGGGCUUCUUCGAGGAGGUCCAAAGGAGACACGGUCUGGCUAACUCCGUCUCUUCAGCACUCAUCAAACCAGUUCAGAGGAUCACCAAAUACCAGCUGCUGCUCAAGGAGCUGUUGGCGUGCUGUGAGGAGGGAAAAGGUGAGAUAAAAGAAGGUCUGGAUGUUAUGCUGAGUGUCCCAAAGAGAGCCAACGAUGCUAUGCAUGUUAGCAUGCUGGAAGGUCUGGAAGAGGGCCUGGAGGUCCAGGGAGAGCUUCUGCUCCAAGACUCCUUCCUGGUUUGGGAGCCUAAGUCUCUAAUCAGGAAAGGGCGGGAGCGACACCUCUUCCUGUUUGAGCUGUCACUCAUCUUCAGUAAGGAGGUCAAAGACUCAUCUGGACGAACCAAAUACCUCUACAAGAGCCGACUGAGGACAUCAGAACUUGGGGUCACAGAACAUAUAGAGGGCGACCCCUGUAAGUUCGCCCUGUGGGUUGGACGAACGCCGACGUCGGACAACAAAACCGUACUGAAGGCAGCCUCACUGGAACUGAAGCAGGAGUGGGUCCGCAGUAUUCGCCAGGUGAUCCAGGAGAGGCGGGGCCACCUGCGGGGAGCUCUGAGGGAGCCCAUCCCCCUCCCAAAAACACCGAACCCCACCCUGGGGAGACAGCGCAGCAUCUCCCGCAGGGAGACCAGCGAAGACGCAGACAGUCUGGGUGACGCCAGCAGCCAGCCGGACACCGUCUCCAUCGCCUCAAGAACGUCACAAAACACUGCCGACAGUGACAAGUUGUCAGGCGGAUGUGAGUUAGUGGUGGUGUUGCUGGACUUCACCUCCACGACACCUGGAGAGCUCAGUGUUCGCUGCGGCCAGACUGUGGAGCUGGUAGAGCGGUCCACUGAACGGCCCGGCUGGUGUCUAGCCAGAACAACAGACCAAACGCCACUUCAGGUACCCAAAGAACAUUAUGGACACAGGACCACAAGAGCUGUUGGCGUGCGUGAGGAGGGAAAAGGUGAGAUAAAAGAAGGUCUGGAUGUUAUGCUGAGUGUCCCAAAGAGAGCCAACGAUGCUAUGCAUGUUAGCAUGCUGGAAGGUCUGGAAGAGGGCCUGGAGGUCCAGGGAGAGCUUCUGCUCCAAGACUCCUUCCUGGUUUGGGAGCCUAAGUCUCUAAUCAGGAAAGGGCGGGAGCGACACCUCUUCCUGUUUGAGCUGUCACUCAUCUUCAGUAAGGAGGUCAAAGACUCAUCUGGACGAACCAAAUACCUCUACAAGAGCCGACUGAGGACAUCAGAACUUGGGGUCACAGAACAUAUAGAGGGCGACCCCUGUAAGUUCGCCCUGUGGGUUGGACGACGCCGACGUCUGGACAACAAAACCGUACUGAAGGCAGCCUCACUGGAACUGAAGCAGGAGUGGGUCCGCAGUAUUCGCCAGGUGAUCCAGGAGAGGCGGGGCCACCUGCGGGGAGCUCUGAGGGAGCCCAUCCCCCUCCCAAAAACACCGAACCCCACCCUGGGGAGACAGCGCAGCAUCUCCCGCAGGGAGACCAGCGAAGACGCAGACAGUCUGGGUGACGCCAGCAGCCAGCCGGACACCGUCUCCAUCGCCUCAAGAACGUCACAAAACACUGCCGACAGUGACAAGUUGUCAGGCGGAUGUGAGUUAGUGGUGGUGUUGCUGGACUUCACCUCCACGACACCUGGAGAGCUCAGUGUUCGCUGCGGCCAGACUGUGGAGCUGGUAGAGCGGUCCACUGAACGGCCCGGCUGGUGUCUAGCCAGAACAACAGACCAAACGCCACUUCAGAAGUCAGGAUGGAUCCAAGAACAGUUCUCAGAGAAACCAGAGUGCCCUCCACAACAAAGAGGACGAGUGAGGGAAGCUACCAAAACACCUGUGACAGGACUUACAGGCUCCAGUGGCUGUGACUGGAGAAAUGAUAGUCUGCUGCUUCACAGCCUGAUAGUAGUGAGGAACACAGGAAGUCCAGGCUGGGUCCUGGAUAUGUCUCUGUCUCCAGACUCUGGUCUCUAUGGUUCAGAAGGAUGUGGACCCCAGACUCUGCCCAGCAACCAAAGUGCGACCUCCCCCAUGGUUUAUGGAGUGGGGGGAACUCCAGGGAAUGCAGUCAGCUCUCCGGGAGCCAAACGCAGUGGAUCUGGAACAGGAAACACCCUGAAGCGCUGGCUGACCAGUCCUGUCCGCCGCCUGAGCCAAGGCAAAGGUGAUGGACAGAAGAAACCUCCAAUCAGAAUGAGAAGGCGGGACAACAGGCCUGAGCUGACCACGCCCCUCACUGUCAACACACAGAUGAAAGGAAGGAAGGAAGAGGCUGGGCAGAGUGGAGGGGAGGAGGAGCCAGAGGAGGAGAGCCACACCCCUCUACCCCCGCCCAUGGAGAUCAUCAAAGAUCCAAACAACCCUGAGGCUCUGGAUUCAGAUCAAAGCUCCAAUGAGUCAGACACCGAACAACGAAACAAAGCUCUGCGAGGACGGAUGUUUGUGGUUAACGAGAUGAUCCAAUCAGAGAAGGACUACGUGAAGGACCUGGGUGUGAUUGUGGAGGGUUUCAUGUCCCGACUGGAUGUCCGAGGAAUUCCAGAGGACAUGAGAGGCAAAGACAAGAUCGUCUUUGGUAACAUCCAGCAGAUCUACGACUGGCAUCGCGAUUUCUUUCUGGUGGAGUUGGAGCGCUGCAUCCAGAACCACGACCUGCUCGCUGACCUCUUUAUCAGACAUGAGCGCCGUCUGCACAUGUACGUGGUCUACUGUCAGAACAAACCCAGGUCAGAGUUCAUCGUCAUCGAGAACGAGACCUUCUUUGAGGAGAUUCAGCACGAGAUUAGCUGCCGAAUGUCCAUCAGCGAUUAUCUGAUCAAACCCAUUCAGAGAAUCACCAAGUACCAGCUGCUGCUGAAGGAUUUUCUCAAGUACACGUCUAAAGCGGGUCUGGACUGUGAGGAGAUCGAGAAAGCAGUGGAGCUGAUGUCACUGGUUCCAAAGAGAUGCAACGACAUGAUGAACCUGGGACGUCUGCAGGGAUACGAGGGGAAGUUAACGUCUCAGGGAAAACUGCUGCAGCAGGAGACAUUCUGUGUUUGGGAACAUGACGGAGGCGUUUUGUCUCGCAGCAAAGAGCGCAGAGUCUUCCUGUUCGAGCAGAUCAUCAUCUUCAGCGAGUUACUGUGCAAAGGCUCCAACAACCCGGGAUACCAGUUCAAGAACUGCAUCAAGGUGACUUACCUGGCCAUGCAGGACAGCGUGGACAGCGACCCCUGUAAAUUCAUGCUGUGGUCCCGCGGUUCAGCAGAGCGCUUCACACUGCAGGCCGCCUCCGCCAGCAUCAAAAUGACGUGGGUGGAAAACAUCGCCGCCCUGCUGGAUGCACAGAACAACUUCCUCUCAGCUCUCCAGUCCCCCAUAGAGUAUCAGAGGAAAGAGGGCGGGAUUUCAGUGACACGCCCGUUAUCUUCAGGACGACCGCCGUCAGCUCCACCCACACCUAAUGGCCAUGCCCCCCAGCCCCUUCCUGACAGUGACCAGGAUGACCAGGAGCUGGUGCUGGUGCUGCAGGACUUUGUGGCGGUGCGGGAAGACGAGAUCUCUGUCUUCAGAGGAGAGAAGGUUCAGAUUCUGUCGUCUAAUCAGCAGGGCCAGAGUCUGGUUUAUCGACCGGCUAACAGCGACUCGCCGGCCGCUGAGGGCUGGGUGCCACGCAGCGUCCUCAACGCACAUUGACAGCAGCAGGGUCACCGUCGGGUUCAAAGUCAGGAACGCACAACACACAUCAAACCUGUGUGUC